GUAUAGAGAUCUUAAAAGUUUGACAGUGUGAGUUCAUAACACAGGAAAACCAAGAGUAAAUGUUAUCUCAGAUUAACUAUCACUGGAGUGGAGCUAGAAAGAGAAACAGAAGAGAUCACUGCAAGUUGCCGCCCCUCUUCCUUGUUUAUCUAGUGUGUGUGUUGUGGGGUCUCUCUCUCUCUCUCUAGGCUGGAUGCCUGCACUCCCUGUUUCCCAUCAACGUAUGGUGAGAGCUGAUGGAAGACUGAGAAGCCAGAGAAAGGAGGAGGAGAAAAGAGGGCAAGACAAAGAGGAGGAGACUGUUUGGCUGAUUUUAGCGAUCUCUGGCUGGAGAAAGAAGUGCUAGACCUACACACAAUACCAUGUCACCGUUGGACAUUUACGAUAAAUUAUGAUUAAUCCUUGAAGAGGAAGAAGGGUAGCCAUGUCAUUCUUUGGCUUAGACUGUACAAAGAAGAAAGAAACCGAGGUGGAGAGGAAGAUCAGAGCAAAUGACAGAGAAUAUAACUCCUCAUUCAAAUAUGCUACCAAUUCUAUCAAGACCUCCAAAUACAACCCCUUCACUUUUCUGCCUCUCAACUUGUUUGAGCAGUUCCAGAGGAUCGCUAAUGCCUACUUCCUCUUCCUGCUCAUCCUACAGGUUAUUCCUGCUAUUUCUUCUCUGUCCUGGUUCACCACUGUCGUCCCUCUCGUCUUAGUAUUAACAGUGACUGCAGCCAAAGAUGCCAUUGAUGAUAUUAAUCGCCACAGAAGUGACAGGCAGGUGAAUAACCGUAAAGUGAAUGUGCUCAUCAAUGGAAAACUGAUAAGCGAGAAAUGGAUGAAUGUGCAAGUGGGAGACAUCAUAAAGUUGGAGAACAACCAGUUUGUCACAGCAGAUUUGCUCCUGUUGUCCAGCAGUGAACCUCUCAACUUGGUGUACAUUGAAACUGCAGAGCUGGAUGGAGAAACCAACCUGAAGGUUAAACAGUCUCUGACUGUAACAGGAGACAUGGGAGACUCUUUAGAGUCUUUGGCUGCAUUCAAUGGGUUGGUGUGCUGUGAGCCUCCUAACAACCGUCUGGAUCGCUUUACGGGCGCGCUGACAUUCGGCACACAGAAAUACUCUCUGGACAACGAGCGAGUCCUGCUGAGAGGCUGCACACUCAGAAACACAGACUGGUGUUUUGGCCUGGUGUUGUUUGCAGGCCCAGAGACUAAACUGAUGCAGAACUGUGGGAAAAGCACCUUUAAGAGGACAAGUAUCGAUCGACUCAUGAAUGUACUGGUGCUCUUUAUUUUUGGACUUCUGGCUCUGAUGUGUAUUAUUCUGGCUGUGGGGAAUGGGAUUUGGGAAAACCACGCAGGGUCAAAGUUCAAUGCCUUUCUUCCACGGGAAGAGAACACAGCGCUUUCAGCGUUCCUUACUUUCUGGUCUUACAUUAUAAUCCUCAACACUGUGGUGCCCAUCUCAUUAUAUGUCAGUAUGGAAGUAAUUCGGUUAGGAAACAGUUACUACAUCAACUGGGACAGGAACAUGUAUCAUGCACGAACUGACACACCAGCUGAGGCUCGAACCACGACGCUCAAUGAAGAGCUCGGUCAGAUCAAAUACAUCUUCUCAGACAAAACCGGCACGCUCACCCAGAACAUCAUGACCUUCAACAAAUGCUCCAUUAAUGGGAAAUCUUAUGGAGAUGUUAUUGACCACUAUAGUGGACAGAGGCUAGAGAUCACAGAGGAAAUGACACCAGUGGAUUUCUCCUUUAACCGGCUUGCGGACCCGAAAUUCUUCUUUUACGAUCAUACUCUGGUAGAGGCUAUAAAGCUGGAGCUUCCAGAAGCUCAUGCUUUCUUCAGAUUACUCGCUCUCUGUCACACUGUCAUGGCAGAAGAGAAAAAGCAGGGUGAUCUGGUGUACCAGGCCCAGUCUCCUGAUGAGGGCGCUCUAGUCACGGCCGCGCGUAAUUUCGGCUUUGUGUUCCGCUCACGCACACCUGAGACAGUGACAAUAGAGGAGAUGGGGAUUCAGAGGAGCUAUGAGCUGCUAGCCAUCCUGGAUUUUAACAAUGUGCGAAAAAGGAUGUCUGUGAUUGUUCGUAAUCCAGAGGGCAAGCUCUCCCUGUACUGUAAAGGAGCAGACACCAUCAUAUAUGAGAGACUACAUCCCUCCUGCAGCGAACUGAUGAAGGUCACUACUGAGCAUCUCAAUGAGUUUGCUGGCGAGGGGUUGAGAACUCUUGUUCUAGCAUACAAGGAUCUGGAUGAGGAAUAUUUUUCAGAGUGGAAACAGCGCCACCAUGAGUCCAGUGUGGCUCUGGAGGACCGGGAGGAGAAACUGGAGAAACUAUACGAGGAGAUAGAGAAAGACAUGAUGUUAAUAGGAGCCACUGCAAUAGAGGAUAAACUCCAGGAUGGAGUCGCUCAGACCAUUGAACAGCUGGCCAAAGCCGAAAUCAAAAUCUGGGUGCUCACUGGUGACAAGCAAGAGACCGCUGAGAACAUUGGCUACUCAUGUAACCUGCUGAGGGAGGAGAUGAACGAAGUGUUUUUUGUUGCAGCUAACUCACCCGAGGAGGUCAGGCAGGAACUGAGGGAUGCCCGUCAAAAGAUGUCUCCAGAUACUGAACAAGACAAAUUCCUUAUUCCUGAGAUUAUCGUGGGUGAUACUCCUGAAGUGGUUCAGGAUGAAAUCGUAAAUGGAGACUACGGACUGGUGAUAAAUGGACACAGCCUGGCAUUCGCUCUGGAGAGGAACAUGAAGCUGGAGUUUUUACGGACGGCUUGCAUGUGCAGGACAGUCAUCUGUUGUCGGGUGACUCCUCUGCAGAAAGCUCAGGUGGUGGAGCUGGUCAAGAAAUAUAAGAAAGCAGUCACUCUAGCCAUAGGAGACGGAGCUAAUGAUGUCAGCAUGAUUAAAGCGGCUCAUAUCGGUGUGGGCAUCAGCGGUCAGGAGGGGAUGCAGGCAGUGCUGUCCAGUGACUUUUCUUUCGCUCAGUUCCGUUUCCUGCAGCGCCUCCUGCUGGUGCACGGCCGCUGGUCGUACCUGCGCAUGUGCAAGUUCCUGCGCUACUUCUUCUAUAAGAACUUCACCUUUACUUUUGUGCACUUCUGGUAUGCAUUUUUUUGCGGCUUUUCCGCUCAGACAGUGUAUGAUGAAGGCUUCAUCACUUUGUAUAAUUUGGUAUACACCGCCCUGCCUGUUCUGGGAAUGAGUCUGUUUGACCAGGAUGUGAAUGCUGGCUGGAGUUUGGAGUACCCUCAGCUGUAUGUCCCAGGGCAGUUGUGUCAGUACUUCAGUAAACGUGCUUUCAUGAUGUGUGCACUUCACAGCUGUUACAGCUCUCUAGUGCUGUUCUUUGUGCCUUACGCUGCCAUAUAUGACACGGCGAGAGACGACGGCAAAGAUGGUGCAGACUAUCAGUCAUUCGCACUGAUUACUCAAACCUGUCUCACCGUCACUGUGUGUGUACAGUUGGGGCUGGACCUCUCAUACUGGACUGUCGUGAACCAUCUUUUCGUGUGGGGUAGUUUGGGAAUGUUCUUCAUCUUGACCUUCACCAUGUACACUGAUGGACUUUUCCUGUUACGUCCAUCUUCUUUUGCAUUCAUAGGAACUGCCCGAAAUUGUCUUAACCAGCCCAAUGUUUGGCUGACUGUUGCAUUGACAGCUAUACUCUGUGUGCUUCCUGUGGCUGCUUACCGGUUCUUCUACAGCCAGAUCUGUCCUACAAUCAAUGACAAGGUGAGGUGUAAGGUGCAUCAGAUGAAGGAGCCUGCUCCUCGUCCACGCCGUGCCAGGCUCACCCGAAGAAGCACACGACGGUCCGGUUACGCCUUCUCGCACGCCCAUGGUUAUGGUGACCUCGUGACCUCUGGCAGAUUUCUGCGGCGACAGGCACCUGCUCGCUCCAUGGGCUUGAUUUCCACUGGACGCUCUCCUGGGUUCAAGCCCACAGGUCGGUCUGCGGGUUACAGCCCGGUCGGGCGAGAACAGAACCCCAAACAGAAAGUAGAACCAACGUCACUACAGAUGUUCCGUGCAGUUAAAGACGCUUCCUUUUGAGGAUGCAACCUAGAACCAAAGAGCUAGAAUCAAAACCUUAAAUGCUGUUUACAGUGGUUGAACAGCUGCUGUAUUAUGCGUAUAUAAUAAAUACGCACACCAAGAACAAAAGACUUGAUUCCUAAAUGUUCGAAAUCUUUUUGAGUGUGCAUAGACACAAUUGUCACUCAAAAUGCAAGUGUGGUUUACAGCAAGAACAAACUGAAUUAUCCGUCAUGCUGAAGGACAGAGAGUAUACACAGUAUUUGUCUUUUCUACUGUCAUCACUACAUAGGGAGCGACAAACAAACUUGAAUGCAAGAGAACAAAAAACAAUGGCAUUUACGUGAUGUCAUAGAGGAACUGUUUCCUGUUCUUUUCCUCUUCCAGGUACUUUGUCCACUAACUCCUUUUGACAUGAACUCUGAGUUCAGUUUGCACCACACCCAACAUUUUAUAGUCCUUUCAUAACUCAAACGAGCAUAUUUUCCUAUCCUUUGAGUUCCAGUUAUAUUGUUAAUCAAUUUUUUCUUUUGCACCAAAACAGUCCUAGUUUUCUUUUACCUCCCUCUUUCGGUCCUUUAGAAUUAAGGGAUAGUUCACCCAAAAACAAAAAUUCUGUAAUUAAUUGAAUUCGUUCCAAACCCAUGAGAACUUCAUUCAUCUUCGGAACACAAAUUAAGAUGAAAUCCGAGAGCUUUCUGAUCCGUCAUAGAGAGCAAUGCAACUGAAAUGUUCCCGGACACAGUGCACAGUAACAGUGCAUGUCAAAUCAGUGAUUCAACUAUGUGUGGUUCAACUUUAAUCAAAAAUAUCAUAACUUCUGUUCUGAAGAGAACGGGUUUGGAACGACAUGAGGGUAAGUAAAUAACGACAAUUUUCUUUUUUGGGUAAACUAACCCUAUAAAUGGGCUUUUUUCCUACUGUACCUUUAAGAGCUCAUAUUAGAGCUUUAUUAAUGCAUGAAAUGAGUAAAGGUCUGUUCAGACUAAGAAUGUUAACUAUAACAGUAAUUAGUAACCCAUGCAUUGUUUAUUAUAAGUGUGUGUGUUAAUGUUUUGUUAUCUGCUCUUUAAAGAAGGAUGGAUUCUGAUUGGCUGUCAAUUUAAUUUAAUUUUUUCCCAUCAUUUUUAGAUUUAAAAGGAUUUUUAAAACUAUAUCUGUAUUGUUGUAGUUAUCAUUGUUGGUGUGAACAGUGCUGAAAUGGCCCUCAAAUAGUUAAGAUGGGAGUGACGUGAUCAAGGACCUUGUUAAAAAUAAAGUCAGCCGCUCUGCUAAUUUUGGGAUGCAUUGGAAGUUGACACAGAGUCGCAUAUGCUACAGUGACUGACAGCCAGAACAAGCCCAUAUCUUACACUUAUCUUUACACAGCUUCCAGAACAAGACAUUUUUGCAGCUUUGUUUCUAUUUAUGCUUUUCUUUGGACUAGGACAGGGGUUUUGACCUCCAAAUGUUUCAGUAUUUGAAAUCCCACCAUCACAUCCUUCAAAAGAGAAUCCAUUUUUAAUGUCAUGACAUCAUUAUAUCUAUGUUUAGAGGAGACCGAACUGGAGACAUACAUAGUAUUACAUAUUACUCUUAGAGUGCCUUGCAUAUGACUUUGUCUUACAGAUUAAUGUUAGUUUAAGGAGUUCUUAUGGUUUAAGGAGUAUCUUAUAAGUGUAUUUUGAGCACAGUGAAAAACAUUUUAAUUCAACAUUUCUUGGUAUACUAAUAUGCAUCCUAUUCAUACUCUAGUUGUGACAGUCACAGCUAUGCAAAUCCUGUAUUUUUUGUACAAAUAAAAUACUUUUUAAAAACUUU